UGAGCACCAGAGCCGGCGUUCCCAUUCUUUAAACUACGUUCCACUCCCACAGGUUGAAAGGAGCGAAUCGGUCUGCCUUGUCCAAAUAUUAAUCCUGCUGUUUAAGAGCAAGAGUUACGUCGGGCUAAAUAGUACAUUCCACAGCUCCGGGCGGAAGUGGGGUCUUCCCUUGGUGUGCAGGCGAGGGGGAAAAUGGCGGCCCCGGGGUAUCUUACAUUUUUCAUUUUGGUCUUAAUAUCUGUGGACAAGAUAGCAGCCUUGACUCCUAGUCAUUACCUCACACUGCAUGAUGUUCAGAGGUUACAAAACUCUUUGGAUCGUCCAUUUACUGAUUUAGAAGGAAGUUAUUAUACCAUCGUAGGAUUGAAUCAAUUAGGUGGGAAAGUAGCUGAUGAAAAGGUGAGGAUAUAUCUUUGGGACAUUCAAAAUAUUGAUGAAUUCAUGAUGAAUGAACUGAUUAUCUGCACAUAAAUUACUGCAAGCAUA